AUUAGACAUUGGUAAAUUAAAUGCCAUGUUUAUAUGAUUUAAAUAUUAGGCAGGCUGCAGUACUGCAAAUACAGUGUUACAGUAAAGCUGAGACAAUGAACAGAUCCUGCUUGUGUACACCUACCAGAUUAUUGAGGUUACCGUAAUCUUCGAUACGACUACAAGCUGAAGUGAAGACAGUAUGAGGUGCCAGCUUCCUUGAUGUUACCUCCUCACCAACCCCUGACCUAUUAGUAUUAGACUGUCAAAGAAAUAUCUAGAAAACAAUGUCCCGCACUGACGUAGUGAUCAACAGUGACUAUAAUGACUUGGGCUGGAGCGAGGAUGCGGGGGAGAGAGCUUGGCUGCUCCAGAGCCCCAGUGUGGAGAGCGAGCCCACGAGUGAUAGCAAGAAGCCCAGGGGGGGCACCUCCUCCAUCGGAGCUGUCUUCAUCGUGGUGAACGCUGCCCUGGGGGCUGGCCUCCUCAACUUCCCAGCAGCUUUCAACACAGCGGGAGGAGUCACCUCUGGAGUAGUCCUGCAGAUGUGCAUGCUGGUAUUCAUCAUCGCUGGACUGGUGGUCCUGGCCUACUGCUCCCAGGUCAGCAACGAGAGCACCUACCAGGAGGUGGUGCGGGCCGUGUGUGGGCGUGUCCCAGGCGUGCUCUGUGAUGUCGCCAUCGCCGUCUACACCUUCGGAACCUGCAUCGCCUUCCUCAUCAUCAUCGGGGAUCAGCUGGAUAAGCUGAUCGGAGCCAUGGCCCACGAGUCUGAAGGGGAGGUGAGCACCAGCUGGUACGCAGACCGCAAAUUCACCAUCAGCCUGACCUCCAUCCUGCUGAUUCUCCCUCUCUCCAUCCCCAAGGAGAUCGGCUUCCAGAAGUAUGCCAGUGCCCUGAGUGUGAUCGGAACCUGGUACGUCACCAUUGUCAUCAUCAUCAAGUACAUCUGGCCGGAUAAGGACAUCACACCUGGGUAUAUCCCUACCAGCCCUUCCUCGUGGACCGCAGUGUUCAACGCCAUGCCAACCAUAUGCUUCGGAUUCCAGUGCCAUGUGAGCAGCGUGCCCGUGUUCAACAGCAUGAAGAGGCCGGAGAUAAAGCCCUGGGGCUGGGUUGUGACGAUCGGCAUGAUCAUCUGUCUGUUCGUCUACACUGGCACAGGGGUGUGCGGGUUCUUGACGUUUGGCUCCAACGUGAACCAGGAUGUGCUGCUGUCCUACCCCUCCAACGACAUCCCAGUGGCCAUCGCCCGAGCCUUCAUCGUCGUCUGUGUGCUCACCUCCUACCCGAUCCUGCACUUCUGCGGCAGGGCGGUGCUGGAGGGGCUCUGGCUGCGGUUUCGGGGCGAGCCCGUGGAGGUGGAUGUGACUCGGGAGCGGCGGCGGAGAGUUCUGCAGACCGUGGUGUGGUUCUCACUGACCCUCCUAUUGGCACUGUUCAUCCCUGACAUCGGGCGUGUCAUCUCCCUCAUCGGGGGGCUGGCAGCCUGCUUCAUCUUCGUCUUCCCAGGACUGUGUCUGAUUCAGGCCAAACUGUCAGAGAUCCAGGAAGUCAAACCUGCCAGCUGGUGGGCGCUGGUGUCCUACGGCAUCUUCAUGGUCACUCUGGGGGCCUUCAUCUUUGGCCAGACCACCACCAAUGCCAUCUACAAAGACGUCAUCCACCACAACACAGAAUAAACACAACCCUGCUGACUGAGUGCUGCCCUCUACUGCACAGGAAGACCUCUGAGUCCAGGCAGCACAACACAUACAAAGCAUAAACACUUGGCUCCAUGAACAACAAAGCAGACUGUAGACUCUGUGUGGAAUUUGCACAGUAAGUACAAGUCAGCUCAGGAACUGCUGUGUGUGGACGGUUGCUUUAUUAACAGUAUGAUCUAGGUGCCACUGCUGACCAGUAAUGUCCACUGCGCAGUAAGAAAGUGAUCUGCUCAUUACAAGCUUUGUAACACUCGAUCGCUGACAGUGACGUGAGUUUUUCACUGUGUCUGUUAAUUAUGAUUUAAUAUUGACCCCAAUUUGGUCGGGGUUUGAAUUCCUUCUCUGAUCACUGUAGAUCAACGUUUAAAGAAAAAAAUACUGUGAUUUCCUGCAGCAGGUAGAUCCUGAAGCAGAGUCUACUGUCCUGGUAGAAAGCUAAGGGAUGGGGGGGGUUGGAAAAUGUAGGGUGGAGCAAUCCUAUAUGUAAACCCCCUUUUUACUUGUAAUUUUAGCUAUAAAACUGAACCAUGCAAAGUGUAGUAUCAGGAAUUUGGCUGCGCAGUCGACUGGAAUUAUUCAGAAGCUGCUGUAAAGGGGUGUAAAAUGUGGGUUUAAAAAUUGAAACCAUGUGUUGCUCUCUCUGUGCUACUCUGCAGCUAUGGCCAAUAAGUGUAGUUAAUUCUAUAGGGUGACACAAAACAUUUGGCCAGAGCUAUAGAUACAACACUAUGCCCCCUUGCAACUUGCUGGAAUCAGUUUAAAAUCUUGGUUAAAUAAUUCAUUUUUCAAAUUUACACGACAAAUGACACUUUGAUAAAUCAGGCCUUUCAUGUUGUAAUUAGAGGGAUAAAAUUUGUUUUAUAAACUUGAAAGUGGUUAAACGGGUUAUACUUCACUGUGAGCAAUGUCUUCUGAUGCAGAAUGCUGCGUGCAAACUGCCUCUUCAGAGUCUCAUGCAUUCCCAUGUGCAUGCGCUUGCAGGGAACAGGCUUUUAGAAACUGAACUGAAACCAAUCCCAUAUAUACAGCAUGCAUUCAACUGAUAAGACAUAAUAGCACUAGUUGCGACAAUGAAUGCAAGAGGUUUUCAAGCACUGGAAACAGCUGCUGCUUGCUUUGUCUUGUGGCAGUGUUACCACACCAUUGCUUCAAGGCAUACAAAUUCAUUUUCUUACCUCAUUUUAACAUAACUGUCACUGGCCCCUAUUUCAUUGGCCCCUUUGGUUUGUGUGUAGAUUUUUUUAUUUUUUUUUAAAUGAAUGCGGUUGCUUCCUGGGGUAAGAAAAUUGAUUUUUAAGUCGAGGUUGUCGCCCCUUUCGACCGGAUGACGGAAUGAUGUCAUAAAGCUGAUUCUGAUGUGUUAUACGCAGUUUACACUAUCAUUUUAUACCUCUUAGUUUUAUUGUUUUUUUAGAUAAAUAAAAUAAAGGAAUAAAUACUGCUACUUAAUCGUUGCUUGUUGACUUGAUCUUUUUUGUUUCUGGUUUUGCACACCCUGAAUUUGCACUAAUAUUGGUCGAACUGCAAUGAAAUAUCUCAAACUACCUUGGGUGCCUUUCUGUCGGAUGGUUUGACAGCCGUGAAUAAACACAAAUAU